CGAAACCUCAUAUUUUUCAAGGACAGCAAUAAUACACUAAUAUACAGUAUGUUUGAGUCUCAAAAGCCAUUUUCUAUAGGAAAUAAGGAAUCAUCAGGAAAUACAGUCUUUUCAUUUGGAUCUUCAGCACAAACAAAUGUAUCAUCAUCACAACCAACAUUUUCUUUUAAUACGGCUCAACAACAGGAUAAACCACAGGGAUUUUCGUCUCUGGAGAUGAAUACAGUACCGUCUGUUAAUAAUACAAGCGUUUCAAAUCCAUUAGUUCAGCCAUCAGGGGGAUUUUCGUUUGGAAAUCCGUUUCAAAAGACAGAUAAAUGUAAUAUUGUAUUAGAUCCAUUACAGACGUCUAAUACACAAAAUACAACACAUUCACAGUCAGAACCAACAUUACAGUCAGGACAAGUGAUAUCAGGUGCAACACAUUAUACAGAGAUUCCAAAGGAUGGAAGGGAUUUUUUAGAAGAAAUGGAUAAAUAUAUUAUCACACAAACACAAAUUUCAGAUUAUCUUCAAUCACAGGCGUCUUCUAUUGAUGAACUUGUCAAAUCAGUGCCUAAAGAUGUAAAAGAAGUAACUAAAAGGUCAGAUCAAAUAGCAACAGACUUAAUAUCAGAUGUGAAUCAGCUUAUGACACUUAGAAUGACAGUAGAUAACGAUUAUAACAAUGCCAAGUUAUCGAAAAAUGUAAUUAGUUCAGUACCUAUGCCAUAUAUAGAUUGUUCUCGUGUAAAAGAUCCAAUACUAGCAUACUUUGAAAAUACAUCAAAUGAUAUAGAAAAGAAGAUCAAUAAUUAUGCAAAGAAUAUAGAAGAUCUUGAAAAACAUUUAGAAUAUCUUGAAAAAGAUCAUAGCGAGAACAAAACAAGUCCAGAAGCAUUGUUAAAUACACUCAAAGCAGAAUAUGACUUCUUUCUUGCAUUGAGUAAUAAUGCAGCAGAGGUGCAUGACAAAAUUAAGCAGCUUCAAAUUCACAAUUUAGGUACAAAUUUUGUUAGCCAAUAAAAUAAAUUUUUAAGUUAUAUAAUAUGCACUAUUUCACAAG